AUGGCUAUGAAAAUAGGAAGCAAGGCCCUCCUCAUAUCUGGAGUAGGUUACACUGGCUCCGUUCUCUCCCGGAACGGCAAACUAUCCGAUGUGCUCUCCGAACUUCGGGCUUUGUUGAAUGGUGAGCAAGAAGGUGGUGGUUCUGAUAAGAUUGCAUCGCAGAUGUAUAACCAAUUACUGGAGGAGAUUCGCUCUGCACGGCAAACAGUUGUACUGAAUCCAAAUGGGGGUGCCGGCCAAGGUAACCUAACAUCUAUUGUAGCCCUGGGGGCUGUUGGUUACGGUUACAUGUGGUGGAAGGGUCUUAAAUUAUCGGAUCUCAUGUAUGUGACAAAGCGUAAUAUGGCUUCUGCUGUUACAAGCAUGACAAAAAGUCUGGAUACUGUAAAAGAAGCUCUUGUGAAUACAAAGAAGCACUUGACGCAGAGAAUCCAGAAUUUGGAUGAUAAAGUGCUGGAACAGAUCGAAAUCUCGAAUACGAUUAAGGAUGAUGUUGCUGGGGUUCAGGAUUCUCUGACUGAUCUGGAUUCUAACAUAAAUCAACUGAAGAGCUUGCUUAAUGGUUUGGAUGGGAAGUUAUGUUCUCUUGAAGAAAAGGCGGAUUUGACGUACAUGGGUGUUGCUUACCUCUGUGACGUUAUGCCCGGAGAUCUGCAGAAGCAACUAAAACUUAGUGAUAUUGCACCGGUUGGUAGACUGCGCUCACAACCUGUACCAAGCAUAACGAUGGGGCUUAAAUUUCUAUUGCCAGAUAAUGUUGCCAAGUUGGAAGAUGUUCCAAAGAAUUUGCUCAGAUCGUCGUCAACCGAGUUGACGGUAGCAGUCUAA